GAGUGGGGAUUUCUCUCGCGGUCUCGUAGUUGAACUCCAGUGUGAAACGUUGUUUUCCUUGUGAAAAAACGGCUUCGUAGCCGAUAAGUUUACUUCCGUGCACGCGGAUGCACCUCACGACAUCUGAAAAGCGAAAAUAAUCUACGCGCUUGCUGAGGUCUGCUACUAAAACAGCUGCAAUGUAUGCGAGCGGAGCACCGAGUGCUCAUGAAUCUUCUCUGAUCACCACUACAGCUCCUCUGUCUCCUCCUCCUCCACCACCACCCCAAGAGUAUGUGUUUAAACCACCUCAGAGGCCAGAUUUUGGCACCAUGGGUAGGACAAUCAAACUGCAGGCCAACUUCUUUGAGAUGGAGAUCCCCAAACUGGAGGUGUACCAUUACGACAUUGACAUCAAACCCGAGAAGUGUCCACGCAGAGUCAACCGUGAAAUUGUUGAGCACAUGGUCCAGCACUUUAAAACACAGAUCUUUGGUGACCGAAAGCCUGUAUAUGAUGGGAGAAAGAACUUGUACACAGCUAUGCCCUUACCCAUAGGGAGAGACAAGGUAGAGCUGGAGGUGACAAUCCCUGGAGAAGGGAAAGACAGGAGCUUUAAAGUAGCCAUAAAGUGGGUUUCUUGUGUUAGUCUGCAAGCUCUUCAUGAAGCACUGUCUGGACGACUGCCAAGCAUCCCUUUUGAGACUAUUCAGGCUCUAGAUGUGGUCAUGAGACAUUUGCCCUCCAUGAGGUACACACCUGUUGGCCGCUCAUUCUUUACACCUUCUGAAGGCUGCUCCAACCCUCUUGGUGGAGGAAGGGAAGUCUGGUUUGGCUUUCACCAGUCUGUUCGUCCCUCUCUUUGGAAAAUGAUGCUAAACAUUGAUGUAUCGGCUACCGCAUUCUACAAAGCUCAGCCAGUGAUUGAGUUUAUGUGUGAGGUUUUGGAUUUUAAAAGCAUCGAUGAACAACAGAAGCCUUUAACAGAUUCCCAAAGAGUCAAGUUCACUAAGGAGAUAAAGGGUCUGAAGGUAGAGAUCACUCACUGCGGGCAAAUGAAGAGGAAAUACAGAGUUUGUAAUGUAACCAGAAGGCCAGCCAGCCACCAGACGUUUCCCUUACAGCAGGAGAACGGGCAAACUAUUGAAUGCACUGUGGCACAAUACUUUAAAGAUAAAUACAAACUGAUUCUUCGAUAUCCUCAUCUCCCAUGUUUACAAGUCGGGCAAGAGCAAAAGCACACUUACCUUCCUCUUGAGGUUUGUAACAUAGUGGCUGGACAGCGAUGCAUCAAGAAACUGACAGACAAUCAGACCUCUACUAUGAUUCGUGCCACAGCCCGGUCAGCACCUGACCGCCAGGAUGAAAUUAGCAAAUUGAUGAGAAGUGCCAACUUUAAUAGUGACCCUUACGUGCGCGAGUUUGGGGUCAUGGUAAGAGAUGAGAUGACUGAAGUAAAUGGCCGAGUCCUCCAGGCACCAUCAAUUCUCUAUGGAGGACGGAACAAGGCAAUAGCUACCCCUAUCCAAGGUGUUUGGGAUAUGAGAAACAAGCAGUUCCAUACUGGGAUAGAGAUCAAGGUGUGGGCUAUAGCCUGUUUUGCUCCACAAAGACAAUGCACUGAGCUUUUAUUAAAAGCAUUUACAGACCAGCUGCGCAAGAUUUCUCGUGACGCAGGCAUGCCCAUUCAAGGCCAGCCCUGCUUUUGUAAAUACGCCCAGGGAGCUGAUAGUGUGGAGCCCAUGUUUAAACAUCUGAAAUAUACCUACCAAGGCCUACAGCUGAUCGUGGUCAUUCUUCCAGGGAAGACGCCGGUCUAUGCGGAGGUGAAGCGUGUCGGGGACACAGUUUUAGGAAUGGCCACUCAGUGUGUCCAGGUGAAGAAUGUCCAGAAAACCACUCCACAGACAUUGUCUAACCUCUGUCUGAAGAUCAAUGUUAAGCUGGGCGGAGUCAACAACAUUCUGCUUCCACAGGGAAGGCCUCUGGUUUUCCAGCAGCCUGUAAUUUUCCUGGGUGCAGAUGUGACUCAUCCUCCUGCAGGAGAUGGAAAGAAACCCUCUAUUGCUGCAGUGGUUGGUAGCAUGGAUGCCCACCCAAGCCGAUACUGCGCCACAGUGCGGGUUCAGCAGCAUCGCCAAGACAUCAUUCAGGACUUGGCUGCGAUGGUGAGAGAACUGCUGAUCCAGUUUUACAAGUCAACCCGCUUCAAACCCACACGUAUUAUCUACUACAGAGAUGGCAUUUCAGAAGGUCAAUUCAAUCAGGUUUUGCAACAUGAGUUACUGGCAAUCCGUGAAGCCUGUAUAAAGCUAGAGAAGGACUACCAGCCAGGCAUCACUUUUGUAGUUGUCCAGAAGAGACAUCAUACCAGGCUUUUCUGUAUGGACAGGAAUGAGAGGGUUGGAAAGAGUGGGAAUAUCCCUGCUGGCACCACAGUUGACACAAAAAUCACUCAUCCAUCAGAAUUUGACUUUUACCUUUGCAGCCAUGCUGGUAUUCAGGGUACUAGCAGGCCAUCCCAUUAUCAUGUGUUGUGGGACGACAACCACUUUACUUCAGAUGAGCUACAGGUACUCACAUACCAGCUGUGCCACACCUACGUGCGCUGCACCCGCUCUGUCUCCAUUCCUGCACCUGCCUACUACGCCCAUCUCGUGGCAUUCCGAGCACGCUAUCACCUGGUGGACAAGGAACAUGACAGUGCUGAGGGUAGCCAUACAUCAGGCCAAAGUAAUGGUCGAGACCAGCAGGCUCUAGCUAAAGCUGUGCAGAUCCACCAGGACACACUACGCACCAUGUAUUUUGCCUGAGCCUGACCAGAGUUGAGUCUCAUAUCCUCAAACACCAUGUGUCUGUAUGUUUAACAUGCCCCAUUCAUCUUUGGGGCCUCCAGAUGUGCACAUAGUUAAUUAGCAACAUUUCACACAUUCAAGGUCUUUGUUAAUCUUGGUAUUUAUUUCAGCUGCAAGAAAACAUUACUUUUCUAUUCUUUCUCUGCCUUUACACUGACAGUUCUGAUUUAACUUCCUUUGAUAGGGAUUGUUAUUAUUAUUACUAUUAUUUUUAUUAUUAAUAUUAUAAUUAUGAUCAUGCCAAGGCUGAUGGAGUAGAACAUUUGAUGAAACGAUGCCAUUAAGUUUGCAAGAAAAACAUAUUUGUGGAACUUCCGUCAGCACUGACUUAGAAGUACACAACUUCAGGACUCAAGUACUUACUGUUCUUUUUUAUGUUUCUUUUACAUGGAUUAACAAAUCUAUAUAUGUGUUGUCUCAAUUCAGUCACUCUGUCAUAGGUAUUUAAGUUUAUUUCUUAAGUAACAACUAACUGAUUGUGCUUAUAUUGGAAACCAAACCUUCAUAUUAUAAGGACACAUUUAAUAAGGGGCUGUGGAAGACUAAUCGGUCAUUAAUCUGUAAUUCUCUCACCACGAGAGGUGUGUUUUGACAAUCAGCUUUUGGAGUCUGAAGAGGUAAUUAUUAAGUUAAUACAGGACUGGUUCCUGAGACCAGCAUCCUUUCCUGAACCAAAAUAUUAAUUAGUUAUUCUUUUUUUUACCCUGGUUUCCUUUUUUGUUUCUCCCCCAACAUUAUCUGUUAGACUGUAAAGAGAAGUACUAAUAUUUUGUGUGUAAGAUUAGUCUAUGUAGUCUAUGUACUGCUGAUUUAUUUUUAUUUUAUUUCUACCACAAGUCCAACCUAAUGAUUUGCUUUCUUAAAGGACCACUCCAGUGUUUUCAAACUAAUGUCUAUCUACUGCCUCUGUAGUGUUUGAGACAAAAUUCUAAAUAAGAGACCGUCAUUACAUUACUGUUUAUUUCACUUUCCACCACUGGAGUAGUGAAGUAAAAGCAAAUUCUGGUCACUCACUCUAUUCUCAGGACUUUAUGAACUUGCAUGCUUGUUGUCUGUGUGCAUCUGAAAUAUGGUCCCAUCCCCUGAAAGACAUAUUGUAUAAAGCUUAGAUUUAAAAUCCAAUUUGCAAAUAUCUGACAAAAGAAUUUACAACAACAUUCAUUAACUUAAGUUCCAUAUUACUGUUUCCCUGCCCCAACCUCUUUCAGGCAUCUCCUUAUAAAUAAGUUUUGAGUUAUUAAUGAGUUUUCAUAUCUUAUUUUAGUCUGCAGUUAUUUUCUGUGGUAACUGCCUGUGCACUAGAGAUGCAGUGGAUAGGAAUCAGGUUUAACAAACCCUGGAGUACUACUUUAAGUGUCUUGUGAUUUUAUUGGCCUCAUACACCGUUGUGGUGAUGCAUGAAUCAUAAUGUAGUAGACAGAUUAUUAUCAUUUCUUAAUUUUUUUUUUUAUGUAUCCAACAUGGUAAGCUGCAUAUUGUUUGUUGCUUAUACACACAUACUGAUGGCUCAUGAAACCAUGGCCUUAAUGGUCUUGAGAAUUAUGGGGAAAGUGUUUGUUGGUUAUUGAUAUCUUGUUAGCCACAUUACAACUUGAAUGUGUUACGCACCUUAUUUAACUUUUCUUUCUUUCUUUUUUUUUUUUUUGCCCAAAUGUCAGUGAUAACGCAAUAGCCUUUAACAUUGAAGGUUUCUGACCAUUCUAUUAAUUUCUGAAUUUCAGGACUCCUAUUGUGUAACUCUUUUUGUCUCUGGUGCUUUAAAGCUCUUCUCAAGAGCUUUGUAGUGUCAUUGGGUUUGUCCAAUAGGUUUGUGGUUUUAGUUUUUUUGCAAAAGGGUUUCAAGAUUGUAGAAUAUAUUAGCAAAUGAUUCAUCAGUUCAUUAAAAUUGAACUGCUAUUGUAGUUUUUUUUUUUUUUUUUUUUUUUUUUUACUGGUAUAAAUGCAAAUGUUUUUGGAACGUUGAUUAGCUUCCCCAUAGGUUUAAUUUUUAACUUUAAAUAACUAAUAGCUGAACAUUUUAAACUUUUAUACCUAUGCAUUUAUAACCAAGAGAUUUUUGUGUUUUUUGUGUAUAUAAUGAUUUUAGAUAAUGUGUAUUGUAGUAAUUUUAAGCUUUAAUAGAGUACAUAGAGAAAAACCCUCUUCCUGUCGUAGCAGUAUUAGCCUAUAGAAUAUUCUAUUUUUUAUUAUAGCAGACACUUAGAUACAACUUUGAGUUAUUCCUUUUAGCCAAGAAAGAUUACAAAUAUUUAAGCGCAUACUGUUAUCCUACAGUAACUGAAGCACAACAAAUUAUCGGUGCUAAACAUUUUCCUGAAACAAAUGUUUUAUUUACCAUGGUUUAAAAAAAAAAUCAAACAUGGAACUAAUUCUUAAUGUUGAGAUUCUUUAGCAUUUUACCAGCGUUAUUCAUUACUGUCAUUUUCUAACCGAACUGUGUUGCAGGGGCAUUUUAGUUCUCAGUCUCGAUUACUUGACUUAGUUAUUUUUCAUAUUUGACGCUGGUCUCCAAACUUGCAGAUGCACUUUUUAAGGGCAUUGGACAUGUACCAUUAGUAAUUGUGUAGAAAUGGCUAGCUGUCCUACCUCUUGUUGCCUGUUUCUAAUGUAAUGGUAACAUCACUGCGUUAGUCAUUUCUUCAUAAUUACACAAAUGGUGGUGUUGGAAUACAUUUUCUUAUAGUGUCACUUAGCUCAGAAACGACCAAAAGGUGUAUCUGUUCAGAGGCUAUUCUUGGUGCCAUUGAAAUCUUUGACAUUAACUGCCAUAUUUUUUUAUUAUUAUAUUUUUAAACAACAAUAAUAAAUGCUAAAGAUUAGGAGCUUUGAAUUAACCCUGCAUGGUUAAAAUAAAAUUCACCAAAUGGAAUUAAAAGAGCCUUAUCUGCUCCCAAUCUUUGUGGACGUUCACAAUGUGGAUAGGAUCAUGUUCGGCCAAGCGAUGCAUUCAUGUUUUACAUUCUUACCCAACUGGCUGCUAAUUUGGAACAAAAUAUGUUGUCAUUUUUCAUUAAGAUUUUCACUUCUGUAAAGCUAAUAUCUAACUUUUUAAUUUGGGAACCAACAGAACUAAACAAUUUAAAAACUUUUUUCCCCCUUUUUCUUCAACUUGGCCUUUGUUUUUAUUGGUUUUUACUUAUACAAUUUACUUUGUCGUAUAAAUAUGACAGUGAUCACAGCUUUUACUUUACCUAGUUUUUAGAAUUUUACCAGCACCUUAGAUUGUCAGAACUCUUAACCAUAUGCAAUUCUUAUAAAGUAAAAGGAAAAAAAAAUGCACACAUGUUUCAAAUUGGUGCAAAAUCUGAAGCUAGUCAUAGAUUAAGUCCUGACAUUUGAAUAACUAUGCAAAAACUAAUUUUUUUUCACAGCCACUCAUCUUAUUAUAGUUUUUUGGACAUGUUUAAAUUUGAUUAGUUUCAUGGUCCUUAGUCAUAUGGUUUUUUUAAAAUGUAAACUUCAUUGACAAAGAUUUGAGGACUGAUUUUUCUUAAAUGUAAAGGAGUUGAUUGGAAAUAGAUUGAUCCUUUAAAAUAUAAAAAUGCCUUUUUUUGUGCACAUAUAUUUUUUUCCAUUUUCUUAUAAAAGUUUCACAAUGUCCAGUGUAAUCCAAAGCAAGUAAAAGCAUAACGCUGGAGGUGAUGACGUUUGGCGUGUUUAAAUAUGGCAGAAUAAUCCUUUUGUCUAUGCACAGCACAAGCACAUAGCAUUUUGUUUUAACAUAAAGAAGCUGAAGGGGAAUCAGAAUGGUGCUGUUUUUAAAUUUACAAUGCAGGCAUAUGCUCAUUUGGUAAAUGACUACCAAAUUAAAUAAUCUUUUUUUAAACAAGAUGUUAAACUUGUAGAAAAAAUCUGUUGCAAUCAGGAAUCCUUACCAAUAAUCCAUAUUGCUAAAUGUGUAGCACAAAUUUUACACAUUAGAUUUUUUUUCUUUUGAUUAGCUAAUAAAUGUCAUUUAGAGGAACUGUGCAUUUGAAAUGAAUGCUCUUUUAUAAACAAUUUCUUUAAUUUUGCACUCUAACUUUUCUGCUUGUAACUGAAUAAGGUCUUCAAGUCUACUGAAAAUAUAAACGAGAGGAAACAAUAAAUACAAACAUGCUCUGCUCCUGAUAAGACUAUCGUGUAUAUAAAGAUCCGUAAUGACCUAAGUAAUACACAUACAUGUACAUCAGAUGCAGUUCAAAUAUGUGUAACUGACUUAGUGUUUGGGCAAUUAUUACUGACAUAUGGACAAAUCCUUCUGUUGCUUGUGUUUGAGGUGCUGCACUGUAAGAAAUGUUUAUAUUUAGGGCAAUAUUGUUGUUUCUGUUGUUUUACGUUUUAGUACAUGUAUCAUUUUUAAGCAUUAAAUUACAUACUGCCACUAUAUCGGACUAUAGCCUGAUGCCUAGGUUCUACUUUUAAUCUAAGAAUCUUGGCUCCAAGUUGCUGAGCUCACUGCUCAUCGGCCUCUAGAAAAGGCAGAAAAUAAUUAAAGUCACUAUGUGCACAAGCAAAUAUUUAACAGGUGACAUUAAGACUUUAUUGCCAAUUCUAUUUCAUGCUUUUCAAAUUUAUUUUCAAGUGGACAUUCUGAAAUGAAUUUACUAAUCACAAAUAACUUGUUUGUACACAUAAUACCGCAAUGGAGUGUUCCUGUGUACGAGGCUGAAAAUCUUUUUUCAAAAAUCACUAGCUUAAUAACCUGGCUUUUUAUACCAAUGUUAAAAACUACCUCAAAACAAUUUAGGGUGCUAUGCUUCUCACGCUCGCUUGCUCCCCUCCGCUUUGUUAAGAACAGGAACACCCGUACACCUUCACAGUCUAAUCAGGCAGUCAUUUUUAAGCACUGCAGUGCAAAAAAUAAAACAAAAAAUCAUGCAUACUGUAUGCAGUUCAAGUAAAUGAAGAAAAACCCUGAUACCUGUGACUUUAACUGUGGCAUAGUGUUGGUACUGAAUGAAUGGUUGGAGUAUUUGAAAACACAAACACUUUUUAGAGUUAAUAUAGUGGUGCAAAAAAAGUGUUUGUUCUGUGAAUAGAAACACCUUGCUGAUUAGAGUGGUCAGAAAAAAAUGGCCAGAUCAGUUCGAGAUGCCCGGAAGCAUAUUGGCAUGUAUGAAACAUCAAACUUUUUGUACAGGGACAAUGACAUAUGGACAAAUCCUGUAUAGGGGACCAAAUUGUGAAAGGGAUUUUCUUGGACUGUAAACUAGCAUUUGGCAACAACAACAAAAAAAUGUGUAAAAGCAGUGACACCUGACAAUUCUUCAUGGUCAGCAGUUAUCACUGUUUUUAUAACUUAAAACUAAAAAGCAACUGAAUGGACAAUAAAAAAUUGUACUAAGUGGUUUAUUUUGCAUUUAUUAGCAAAAAAAAUCUAUCAUAUAUCGCAAAGAUGUUAUGUUUUUGUGAUGUUUUUUUUUCCCCAGCCAUA